AAAUAACUGGCGCCGUGAAGUGCCAGUUCAUAGUGAUUUGCACGAAAGACAGCACGCUACUGAAAACCAUGUUGAUAAAGCUACCGAUUGUCCUGCUUUGUUUAAGCUUCGCCGUAUUAGCCAAUUCAGACGAGGCAGCUCCAAGGGUCAAGAUUCCUUUAGGAGGACUAAAGGGCUAUUAUAAGAUAUCGCAGAAUGGCAGAAAGUACGAGGCAUACGAAGGCGUCCCUUAUGCAUUGCCACCUAUUGGGAAAUUAAGAUUCAAGCCUCCUCGACAAAUACCAGCAUGGAUCGGCGAACUACCAGCUACAAAGUUCGGUUCUUCGUGUAUUCAAUACUCCCAACAACCUUACAAUCCUACCGAAAAGGUUGAAGGUGCCGAAGAUUGCUUGUAUUUAAAUAUUUACGUGCCAGUACGGGAAAAGAAGGAAAAUAAUAUUUCUAUGCCGGUGUUGUUUUGGAUCCAUGGUGGCGCUUUCCAAUUUGGUAGCGGUAUAUUGUAUAACGCCAAGUAUUUGAUGGAUAGCGACGUCAUACUCGUUACGAUUAACUAUCGGUUGGGAUCGAUGGGUUUCCUCAGCACGGAAGACGAAGUGAUUCCUGGCAACAUGGGUCUAAAGGAUCAAAGUAUGGCACUUCGCUGGGUAUCCGAGAAUAUCGAGUGGUUCGGUGGUGAUCCGAACAGAGUGACCUUGGUUGGUUUGAGCGCCGGUGGUGCAAGUGUGCAUUAUCAUUACUUAUCGCAAAUGAGCGCGGGGCUCUUCAUAGGAGGAAUAUCGUUCAGCGGUACAGCGUUCGAUUGUUGGACGCAAGCUGAGAAUGCUCUAGAGAAGACUAAAAAACUAAGUGCUUUGAUGGGGUGCCCUACAGCUACCUCUAGAGACAUGAUACGCUGCUUGAGAUAUCGACCAGCUCGCACGAUCGUACAAGCUACAAGCGAAUUUAUGCCGUUCUUGUACAAUCCCUUUACUCCUUUCGGGCCGGUAUCCGAGAAAGUCGGCGAUGAUGCACCCUUCAUCGACAGAACACCAGUUGAAAUCGUGAAUAGCGGUGACGUGCACGACGUACCUUGGAUUACGGGAGUAACAAGCGAAGAGGGCCUCUAUCCUGUGGCCGAAUUCAUCGCUGAUAAUGAAAAUCUAAAACAACUGAACUACAACUGGGAUCUCCUCAGUCCGUAUUUCCUAGAUUUUAACUACACCAUCCCCAAAGAAAAGCAGGUCGAGAUUGCUCGUCUCAUCAAGAAGCAUUAUAUCGGUACAAAACCAAUAGACCGAACAACUACAAGACAACUAGUACAAAUGGCGGGUGAUCGCUUCUUUGUGGUCGAUAGCGAGAAGGCUGCACGAAUGCAAGCUAAAGUAAAUCAGAAUCCAGUUUGGUAUUAUUAUUUCACAUACAGAGGAAAGCAAAGUUUAAGCGAUUCCAUGAGUGGUACCACUGAAGAUUACGGGGUCUCCCAUGCCGAUGACGUACUGUAUGUAUUAGAUACUCCCUGGAUGGAUCCAACAAAAACGCAACAGGAUCGCGAUAUGCAGAAACACUUAAUCGACUUUUGGGUAUCUUUUGCCACAGACGGAAUCGCAAAAAUGGCCAAUGUAGAAUGGCCGAAACUAGAUCCUUCAAAGAAGGAACUUCAUUAUCUGCAUAUUGCUGGUCCUACUAAGAUUAGCAUGGGCAGCAAUGCUAAUUUUGGGGAGAAAGAAUUCUGGAAUUCAAUUAAAUUCAAAGAGAACGUAUUGACACCCACAUUAAAAAAUAGCAAAGAAGAGCUUUGAAUUAAUCAUUUAAAUUAAUUUUUAUUAAGAAAUAAUGCUACUUAAUUUUGUAUAUAAAUCCGAAAUUUUUUUCAAAACAUAACUUUUUUAUUAUUUUAUUUUAAGCACGAUAUUCAACUAACACGAAAAAUGUAACUUUAGAAAUUACCACAUCAUUUACAAUGUCACAGCUAUUAAACCUACUGAUUUUUGUAGUCUUUCUCUUAAACUGAUAUUCAUUAGAAUCGAUACUUAAUGUUCCAAUCUGAAAUUGUUUAACGAAAUAAAAUGCUUCAUCGAAAACAAUUGUAAGUAAUCGUUUAAAAAAAUGUAAAAUAUUAAUAAUUCAACAAACUGAUAAGAAACUAGUAAGAGAACUUAGCAAUUAAGAUUUACAAUUAAUAAUCUACUAAAAUUACAAAUUUACUAUAAAACAUAACCUAUGAUUUAAAGAAAUUGUUAUAAUUUUUUUGAUAUUUAAUUACAUCAUAAUUUACGAAGUAAUUGAUGUUUAAUCAACACCAUUUUUAAAAAAUUUUUUUUUUACAUUGUUACAUCAUAAAAUGCAUUUAAAUAUA